CCCCCCCCCCGCCCCGCCAUGGCCGACGGGGAAGAAGGCGAGGAUCCGUCCGGCCCGUCCUUGCCCUCCGCCGGCUCGGCCCCCAAGGCCGGACCCGACAAGAUGUUUUCCCUGAAGAAGUGGAACGCGGUGGCCAUGUGGAGCUGGGACGUGGAGUGCGAUACGUGCGCCAUCUGCCGGGUCCAGGUGAUGGAUGCCUGUCUUAGAUGUCAAGCUGAAAAUAAACAAGAAGAUUGUGUUGUGGUCUGGGGAGAAUGUAAUCAUUCCUUCCACAAUUGCUGCAUGUCCUUGUGGGUGAAACAGAACAAUCGAUGCCCCCUCUGCCAACAGGACUGGGUGGUCCAGAGGAUAGGCAAAUGAAAGCAGUCGAAGUCUUUCUCUCUGGCCUUGUGAGGAGCACCGGACAGAUCAUACCGCGUUCCCUCCCGAAGGGGUUGGAGCGUUCCAAAAUGGACGACACAUUUCACUUAAUAAGUAGAUUAAAAGAACGUGUGGGAUUUGUUACGCUUCGGCAGUCGACGUCACGGUGUAGCUUUCUGUUAGGCUUGGUUUCUGAAACUCCCCACAACUCCCAACCCAGACUAGGUGCAUUUAAAGAUAUCUCUUGUGCUCCUCUGAUGUGACUUGUACAGACACCUUAGAAAUUCAGUGCUACCGAAAGUACAAUUUCAGUGACCUUAAUAAUCUUGCUAAUGCCUUUUUGCCAAGGAAUUGUGGGAAGCUGUUCAGUUUGUGACAGCAGUUCCAUUCAGACAAGGAGUUAUUUUGCAUGUCCUGUAUAGUUUGAUCAUAAAAGGGGAACAUUGCGUUCACAGAUGAAGUAGCAUUUAAACCUCACCACUCUACAGAUUUUUUGUUCUUCUGAUGGUGCAUUUUUUCCCACUGAAAAUAAAUAAUUCAUGAAACAUUCAUUUGGCUGGGUUUUCCAGAGUAAUACCAGGAGGGUUUUUAUUGUGUGGGACAAGACUUUUGUGACUGGUGAAUAGGGUAACAAAGAAUUCAAUGUAUCCCACCAGUUAAUUGAAUCUUAGUGGCAUUAUAAUGUUCGUGUAGUUUUGAUUCCCUUGAAAAUCCUGAUGCUCUACUCCAAACUCCUUGCGAAGUUGUGUGCUGCACGCACACAGGGUUUUUUAAAUCAGACUGGUAAAAAUGUAUUGCCAAGUAUCAGUCACCAGUUCCAAUUGGAACCGGUGAAGGAAAAAUGUUGCUUGUCAUCAUUGGGCCCUCGGGUGUGGAAAUGAAAUAGCAUAACACUAUCCUAAGAGUUAUAUCAGUUUUUGUUUGUUUUUAAUAGUAUGAACUGUGAUAAAUUGUGGUGCAGACAUUUAAGUUAAAUAUUAAAGUUUUUAUUUUCUUUUGUGAUGAA